AGCCACCUGUUGUACUAUUUUUAUAUUUUUUGCCUGUCCUGAUCCUGUGUUGCGAAUGCGACCACGAAUGAUGGCAGAAGAACCACAUUGUUGAUAUGGACGAGGAUGUGUGCCGCGAGCACUGGUUUUUCGCGGUUCCGCGUCUUCGUCCGCAUGGGAAAGCCCUCGUGACGUGCCGCGCAAGAAGCAGGCGCGAGUGUUUAGGAGCGCGGAGCACAGAGGACCGCGUCACAGUGACACGUGAACAAGUGCGGCACGGUCUUCCAGCUGGGAUUCCUCCCGCCCACAGUUUUCUGACGCAGCGGAGCGACUUCGGAGUUAUGUCCGGCCCUGUAGCUACCCGUCGAUGUCGCCUCAGUGGUGCCACGACUUUCCUGCUACUCGCAUCCACGGUUGCAGAUGCAUCUGCCUCGUCACUGCUCGCGCGGAACGCUGUGCAAGGACACAAAGUUGGCCAUCACGCAGUGCAACAUCGUGAAAAUAAAUCUUCCUCCGCCGUAAAGCAAGCCGCGCGUCGCAGUCAUGAAACGACCGAUCGCAGCGUGUUUGGACAAGAAGAGUUUUUGCUUCACCGAAGAAGCAGCGCCGAGCUUGCCGGACAAAGUGAGAGUGGCGUCGAGGAAGAGAAUGAAAAUUGGCGCAGCCAGAACAGGAUGGGCCGCGUCCGCGAGGGUUCUUCUUCCCUGCAAGAGAGUGCAAGGAACAAUGUCGAUCCUGACGAAGACGCACAAAGUAUGGAUGAAGCUGACAUGUCGCGAAAGCUUGUUAAGGGCUAUCAUUGCCGCACGUUCGGGUACAAGGCGCUUCUCGGGCCUUGCGCGGUCGCGGACACCUCCAAUGCCACGUUGAUCAGCACGGCGCUCAGCGACUCGACCGUCACGAAGGUGUCGCCGCGGACCUGCGAGGAGGCGGCCCUGCUGAACAGCGCGAGUGCGUUUUCGUUGGAUCUGCGGGCCUACAACCACGACGGGAUCGUGAAUAAAGCGGCGAAUCGGUGCUGUACGCUGUACUUCGGCUGUAUGUAUCAGCGAAAAAACGCUACCUUAUGAACUGCAAAAGCAUCGUACUAGUAUAAAUUGCAUCACAAAUUAGCUCAUGCCUAUGCCGUUCCAGCGCCUGCGGAGGCUUGCCUCCUCAGUGAUGUUGGACAAUGGCAAUGUCGGUGCGGUUGUUUUAGCAUCACAAAUUAGCUCAGCAUGAAGAAUGGAACUUGUCAUGCUAAAUUACCUAAGAAACCAGAUUUGUCAUGUUAGUCUGGCAUUUAUACGAGAACGAGUACGAUACUUAUGCACAGGAUAUACCUACGAUCCGUACAACGAGGAGUGGGUGUGGGACAGUGAGCUCAAGGACCAGCAGUACUACCGACUGCUGGGAAAGCGACUCAAUCGCGACGAGGUGGAUGCUAUGCAUUGCAAAAAUGUCUGGGUCUGGAAGAUUGCAACUUCUCAUGGUAAAUCUGAAGCAUGCAAAAAUCUGUGUUGCAUGAGUGCCAAAAGCUGAAAACUUUCGACCAAGUUGGAAGGGAGUUUCUCAUGCAGGAUAGGCAUGACAGAGACCUCGCAGAGUCUGUCAUGCUAAGUCCCGCAUUCCAGACCUCAUGGGUCAUGGAAAAUCUGCAUGACACGUCUACACUCUUCCGGACCCAGACAUUUUUGCACUUCAUAGAUGCGACACAGAGUACGGCGGAGCGGUGGGAUUUCACGGACAUCGUGAACGCUACCAUGCUGCAGAUGGUCGCCCGGAACGCGCUGGCGGAACACCCGAAGACCAAGUUUGAUCCGCUGGGAAUCAGCAGUAGCUGCACGCGGACGACUGACAAGGGGGAAGGGCCGCAAUUCUGGCGGGCGACCUUCCCAGAAUCGCUUGUCCGGGCUAUCACACUUUACAAUCAGGACGUAUUGAUGGAGAUGUGUGUUUUUGUUUAUUGAUUUCACAACUGGUUCUCGUGGUUUCCGAAAAUCGAAAUGCAGCACUUGAUAGCUAAGUACUAGUUUUUUUUCGUGAUGGUGCUCUUGCCGCUAAACAGGGACAGCGAUGUCAAAAAAUUCUGAACAGGACCCAGAGUUCCAAGUGGAGUUGAACAACGCGGAUUUGCAUUUUUUCGACUCAGCUGGGAAAGCUGUCGGGCAAAAGAAACGUCUAACAGAGAUCUCGAACCGAGGAACUCGUAUCCUGAUGCAGCCGGCCCUCCGAGCGGCGGGAAUGUCCAUACGCCGACCAAAAUCGCGCGCAAAACUAGCGCUCUGCGGCAUGCACGUUGAUGUGGUACGAGAUUGUUGGUUACGUCUGCAGCUUUUCUGUGUGACGGACAUGAGCUCGGUGAGUAUGUAGAAAGUGAAACACCUUCUGACUCUGCAACAACAUAGACAAGGACUGGGUUUCUGUAGCACCUCCAUAAGAAACUACAAACAUUCAUAAGUGAUCACUUCGGAGGGAAUGAUUACUUUGGAUGAGUACUGUGUCUCCCACAGGUUGAGCCCCUGCUGGUGGCGCGGGAUACCGUAUCGCAAGAAAAAAGUGUUACAGUUACACAUUUGUUGGAGUUUCUGCAUCACAAAGUUGCUCCCCAUGGCAAAGAUAACCUGUGAUGCGCAGACUAUAAAGGAAAACACGAAUGAAAUGAGGUUGGCAAGCGUUUCCUGCAUGACAGAGGUUGUCUGUAUUGCUUGUCUCCCAUCAGGGUGUCUAACUGUAACACUUUUUUCUCACGAUAUACCGUGGACGAGUUCCAGUACCUGAACGAAUUGGAUCAAAAUCUGCUGGGAAAACCAAAUGAGAUAUGAAUUGCAAAAAUGUCUGGGUGUGGAAUAUUGCAACUUGUCAUGGUAAAUCUGAAACAUGCAAAAAUCUGUGUUGCAUGAGUGCCAAAAGCUGUCCACUUUUGACCAAGUGGGGAGGGCGUUUCUCAUGCAGGACAGGCAUGGCGGAGACCUCGCAGAGCCUGUCAUGCUAAGUCCCGCACUCCAGACCUCAUGGGUCAUGGACAAUCUGCAUGACAAGUCUACACUUUUCCAGACCCAGACAUUUUUGCACUUGAUAUGAGAUCCGGACGAAGAUCGCCGACAUCAAUUCGCGCUUUCACACUUUGCUCACGCGCUGACGGCGUGCGAGGAAGUUGGAGACUCGCGGAGGUGGUGCCUCAUGGUUUACCUAGGUACAUUGUUUGGCCCGCUGCAAGAGGAACUGCAGUUGGUAGACAGCGAGCACGCGGCUUGGAAUUCCCACUAAAAAUUGUUUGUAGCGGGUAUCUUGUUGAUGUUGUAUGAUUUCGAAAAGGAUAGUUCAAGGCCUCUGGUGCGGAGGCUCCUCAUCAUCAAAAUGCACUUUUUCCUUUACAAGGAGCGAGAACAUCAGGGACAGGCUGAGACGGCCUCGGCAGCGGCUGCGAAGUUUUUUUUAAUUUGUAGAAUAUCGUCGCGCGUGCGCAUUUAUUUUUCCUGUAGUAGUACCCUGCGGAAUGUAAUCUGUGGCCUUUUCGGGCUAGGUCUAGCGCUGCUUUAGGCGACCUUCAGCCGCAAAAUCUACGGUCUUUUUUCAAGGAACAAUUUGUGUGUAGUAUCAGAAUCACGCAAGCUCAGGUACCGACCCAGUUUCGGUAGCCUCUGACGGAGAUGUACAAUGGUUUCUAAAACAUCAAACAUUGAGACAGUGACUGACCGCAAAGAUACCGAAAUUUAUUAGGACAUGCAGUUUUUAUAAAAUUGCCAGUUUGUAGUUGUAGUUCCAAGUCGUUUUGAACCUCUAUGCCUGCGUCUUCAUCUGCUGAACAACGCCCGAGACUCGAGCAAAUUGAGUUGGGAACACCGGAACAACCAGUUCUGGGGCCACUUAUGUGGCUCUAUAUGAGCAUUGCUUGACUACUUCCUUUGAGCAGAGGUACGAAUCCAGGGCGUGGUGGGCGUAGUUUUUGAGUCUACGGUGAUGUACAGAGCGCCGUUUAUUCAUGAGAAGAGGUUGUGGAGAGUGCAUACCGGAACCAGUAGUUGUGAUUCUUGUGGUUCUGAUGCCGAAGCCUAUAAACGUGGCACAUGAUGAAAGUCUCUCUGGUGCGAUAAUUGCAGCCUCUGUGGCUUGACGAGC